AUGCCACAAAGUCAUAGGAUGCAGUAUUUGGCGGCGUUUGCAGUGUCUAUAGCUACGAUGACGACGAGUACUGCCUAUUUCUGGACUGCACCCAUUCUACCCAAGUUUCACAAUAAUGAGACCAGUAUUAUAAUAUCCAAUAGCGAGAUCUCGUGGGUGGUCGCGAUGAUAUCGCCAGGCAUGGUGACAGGCAGUCUGGCUGCCAGCGGAGUGUCAGACAAGUUCGGGAGGCGAGUCACUCUACUUGCUAGCGCUUUACCUUUUAUUGUUGGCACGGCGUUCGUGUUGCACGCAACGAAGCCCUGGUUGCUGUAUAUCGGCAGGUUUUCGUGGGGACUCGGGUCUGGCAUGAUUACUACGGUUACAAGCGUAUAUCUAUCAGAAAUAGCAGAUAAAGAGAUCAGAGGAACUCUAACAGCUGGGACGAGGUUCAUGUUUAGUUUUGGAGCUCUCUUAAUGCUGGCCAUAGGUUCCUUUGUAUCCUAUCAAGUGCUGAGUUACUUCUUAAUAGUAAUGCCUAUUUGCUACUUCCUCGCCUGUUGGAGGAUCCCUGAAACUCCUUAUUAUUUGCUCAAAGAAGGUAAGGUGGAUGCUGCCAAGAAAGAAUUGAUGAGACUCAGUGGGAGUAAGAAUGAAAAGAUGAUUGAAGAGAGGUUAUCCCAAAUGCGGUCGGAUGUAAGGAAGGAGAUGCAGCGGUCUAGUUCAGCAAAGGAACUGCUUACUGGGAAACAGUAUAGGAAAGCCGUUAUAGUUACUGCUGGUCUUCGCUUCACUCAACUCUUCGCUGGCAGUAUCCCCAUACAGCAGUACAUGGGUCGUAUCAUUCAACAAAGUAACUGUGGCUUACGAGUUUCGACGGCCCUCAUUAUUUUCGGAGCAGUAAGAUUUGCAGUCGGUUUGAUUUCACCAAUAAUCGUUGACAAGGUGGGGCGUCGUCCACUGCUCAUCUACUCCUACUUGGGCUCCUGCGUGAUGCUGGCGAUGGUCGGAGCUACUUCUUCCUCCAACAAGUCAUCGGCAUCGACGAUGAAUCCUCAAACCCAUUCCGUUUCGUCGUAUUUGUAG